CUGAAGUAUCUCCUAGACGCGAAUGGAUCUUUUCGACUUCUUUGGCCUGUUAGCAAAUAUUAAAUUAAACGGCAUAUUAUAUAGAUAAACAGCAAGUAUAGUUAUUGUCGAUAAUAAUAGCAACUUGAGGGAACUUUCUGACUUUAAAUGGAGGUAAAUAAAUGUAAAAGUUUAAUGCCAACGAGUCGCUGACGUUAAAAAUGGAUGCUUAUGAGAAUAACACAAUUAUGCUUGAGCUAAAUAAUCAAGUCAUCACUUAUACUGAUGAAGAAGAGCAGGAGAGUUUUUCAUUUCACGAAGACACGGACUCGGAUGAAAUCCCCCAAUCCCUGCUCAGCUACUUUGAAACCUCAAAAAGCAGAGCAGCAGUUUGUGAGAAGCUCAUCCUUGAGGAACUUGAAGGUAUUGACACUUGUGACACAGAAAAUGAGGAGAACAACACUUCCACUGACACCCACAUCCUCCCUGCACCCACAGAGAUGGAAGCACUUUUCCUCCUCAAUGUGUCCGUGUGUCCCAACAAUGAAGAGGAAUAUGUGCAGAAUGAGAAGCAUUUGGCGUUGGAGUACGAGGCAGAGCGAGAGAAACAACACUGUGAGGAGAUGAAGAGGGAGGAGCAAAAGAGACAGAUAGAAAGAGACUUCCAGGAGGAGCUGAAGAAGAUAUUGAAGGCAGAGAAGCUCCAUCAGAAGGAAUUUGAGUUGAUGGAGAAGAGAGCUCAGGAAAAACUUGAAGAGGAGUUGCUGCUUCAGCAGGAACUGAUCAGCAACUUACAGAGACGAGUGGAGGAAGAGAGGACGAUGAGGGAAGAGGAGCAGAAGAGGAGAAGGGAAGAGGAGGAGAGGAGGAUGAGGGAAGAGGAGGAGAGGAGAAGGGAAGAGGAGGAGAGGAGAAUGAGGGAAGAGAAGGAGAAGACGAGAAGGGAAGAGGAGGAGAGGAGAAUGAGGAAGAGGAGCAGAGACGAGAAGGGAAGAGGAGGAGAGGAGAAUGAGGGAAGAGGAAGGAGCAGAAGAGGAGAAGGGGAAGAGGAGGAGAGGAGGAGAAUGAGGGAAGAGGAGCAGAAGAGGAGAAGGGAAGAGAAGCAGAUGAGGAGAAGGGAAGAGGAGCAGAAGAGGAGAAGGGAAGAGGAGCAGAUGAGGGAAGAGGAGCAGAAGAGGAGAAGGGAAGAGGAGCAGAAGAGGAGAAGGGAAGAGGAGCAGAAGAGGAGAAGGGAAGAGGAGCAGAAGAGGAGAAGGGAAGAGGAGGAAGAGGAGCAGAAGAGGAGAAGGGAAGAGGAGACAAUUAAGAUUGAGGCAGAGAGGAAAACAAAAGAUAAAGAGAAGAAGCAGGAAGAGGAGGAGAAUAGCCUCGCAAAGGAGGAGAUGAGAAGAAGAGAUGAGAGAGAAAAGGUACAGGCAGCAAAGGAGCUGAAGGAGGAGGAGGUGGGAGAAAGCAAGAAAAAGAUUAACAAAACAACAAAAGAAGAAAUAAGACUCAAAGAAAAGGAGGAGAGCAAAGAGAAAGUGGUGCACAACAGGGACAAGGAGGUGAGAGUGGGGAGAGAAACUGAGCUGCAAGAGAAAAAUACCAGCAUGAUGGGUCAAAAUGAGAAAAAGAGUAUAGAUCAAACAGAGAAAUCCCUGGCUUCACACCUAGAAGACAACACCUUCUGGACCUCCUCAAGCUCUGCUCCUUCAACCAGUGCUGAAACCAAACCACAACCACAUGACCCAGAAGAGAACAUCAGUCAGACCUCCAUAAAUAAAACUGUGGACUGCAAAAGUCAAGCAGCGAGGCCUUCCAUUGUGUCUGUCUUUUCACCCGUGUGCCUCCCAGAGCACACGGAGAAGAAGAGGCUCUCCUGGAUGAAGGACUGCAUCCCCUGGUCCAAACUCUCCCUCCAGAACAGGACGAAGCAGACAGGAUCCGUCCGGAGUCGCUGCGGGCCGAGAGCCGGCAGUCUGCCCCCUCUCUGCCCAGACUCUCUGCUUCAGUCCACAGGAUGGAAAUCCAUGCAAGAGGUGACCACAGUGAACUUGCAGGACUUGGCCGGCUGUAGUUUAUCCACUCUCACUCAGUGUACUCGACUUCAGUCCCUCACACUCAGACGCUGUGGCCUCAAAUCUCUGGAGGGCAUCAACCAGUUAACACGGCUCUGCUACAUCGAUGUGCAGGAAAAUGAGAUCUCUUUUGUCGACUGUGAAAAUAUGACGAGUUUACGGGUUCUUCAACUCGGCCACAACAAGCUGACGUCCGUCCAUGGUUUAAGUGGUGCGGAAAAUUUGGACGUUCUAGACCUCUCACACAACUCUAUCACCCGCAUUGCUGGUCUGGAGUCUAUGAGGAGACUGCAGAGGUUGUCAAUGGAUCACAACCAGCUGAUCAGCACCAAAGGACUGAGGGAUGUGUACACUCUCCUGCACCUGAACUGCUCAUACAACCACCUGGUGCGCGUGGAGGGUCUGGAGAACAGUGCUCUGCUCAGGACACUGGACUUAAGAGCCAACAGCCUUACUGAGCCCCCCAGUCUGAACAACCAGGUCCUCCUCAGAGAGCUGCACCUCGACGACAACAGCAUCUCCACCCUGCAGGGCCUCGCUGCCUGCUGGCUUCCCCUCAUGCAACAUCUCUCUGUGGCCCAAAACAGAAUUACCCAGCUGCCCUCCCUGUCUGAUUGGGUCUCCCUUGCCAAUCUGGAUCUUGGAUUGAACUGCAUGUCAGAGCUCCAGCACGUGUGUGAGAGCCUGCAGGGAUGUCACUUCCUGCGAGAGGUCCAUCUUGCAGGGAAUCCUCUUCAGCAGGAGAGGGGCUGGAGAUCCACUCUGCAGAAAGCAGUGCCCGGCCUGAGGGCCAUCGAUGAGCAGCAGACAGAGUCUCUACCGCCCCCUGCUGUUCAACAGCUCAGCUCGGCCUCAGGCAGCUUCCUAUCCUUCUGUCAGGCUCAGCUUCAGCAGACGCGUUAUUUACAGCAGCAGCACAGCAGGGAGCUCAGUGAAGCCUCAUCUUCCCUGGAUGUUGUAAAGACCUCCUGCCGACACUUAACGGAGGCUCUGCAGCUGGCUGAGGACCACAGAUUUGCACAUGAAUAUGGUGACACCACUGUGGCUGACCAACACCGGGCUGCACCCGAGGAAACACCUGAUGUGGACAGAACCGAUGCGGACAAGUGUACCGAGGAGUCCACAGGAGAAGUCCACCCGGUUCUUCCAAACGGGGUCAAUAUCAGACGCAGCUACUGGACCUUAGAAGAGCAGUUAGCCGCAGAGAGUCGGCAUGACACAUUCGACAGUCUUACAACACGUCCAGAGACGGGGCCAACAGUUUGCACAGCUGACCCUGGCAGUGUUUACUCCUCUGCAACAAAGGGAAAAACAACCUCCGAUCUUGAAAAGGCACCUGCGUCCAACCAUCAAGACCUCGACCUCCAAAACCCAGCAGCAGUUGUGAUUCAGCAGCUGUGUGAAUACAGACAGAAAUGUGGGAACAUCAGCAUUCCUUCCACAACUGAGAAGGGAGGAGGAGGAGGAGGAGGAGGAGGAGGAGGAGGAGGAGGAGGAGGAGGAGGAAAGCCAGAGUCAGGACCUUCCUAUUUCAACGGGGGCGUUGUUGUUCAGGAUUAUGCAGCAACUGUCAUCCAGGCGUUUUGGAGGGGCUUCAGUCUGAGGAAGAGGCUCGCAUCUGCGCUGGCUGCCGUCACACGCCCCGACACCGGAGAGGACGAUACCUUUGAGGAAGUGGACGUGGAUGAAUUUGUCUUUGAUGAGGCAGCGCUGGAGAAACACUGGACAUUGUCUCUUUGUGACGACUCCCCUCCCAGACGUUACCCUGCGUCAGAGCAUCCACCGAAGCCUCUCGGGCACUUGCUUGAACCUUCCCAGUGCUUACUCCCACCACCACUUGUACGGGGGCCAACGCAGGCCUGGAUGCCUGGAGAAGCGUCUGCUGCACCGAGAGCUUCCCCAGACAUCUCCAACAGAAGCAAAUCUCCUGCUUCAACGUCGGUGCUCAACGCUCUCUCCCAGAGAUCGGAAAAGAUCGUGGAAGAAUGGGGCUUCACCCACAGCCGCACAGCUCUGUUGAUGCUCAAGAGAGCUCAGAAGAUGAAGUCAACUAAGCAGCAGAAGAAACGCAGCGAUCCCUCCGUCCGUCUUGCCUUGUUCAGAAAGUGCAGUUACCAGCUCAGUCCAGUGGAGUCACGUAACAGGCCAGCACAACACAACAGGAAUGAUAUAAAAGUUGGCGAGGCUGAGCCGGGCCUUCAGCGGCUGCACCCCCCGGCUGCUCACUCCGACAGGGACUCACAGAGCGUGCAUUUCUUACCGGAGAUCAGCACAGACGUUCUGAACGGGGGCCGAGUGCAGCUCGUGGCUGACCCAGGAUACGCAGAACGUCUACAUCACGCCAGCGGAUCGUGGGCCAACAACAGUUUAUCUGCCCAGCCCUGCAGAGAGAACAAUUCUCCUCGCACAAACUCUUUGGGUCAUGCAAGAAGGGAGUUCCCAUCUCCUCAGCGGGUCACGUCGGCUCCGUCCAAAAGAGAACGCAUCUCCUACCGAGACAACCUGGUGCAGAUGAGCGGCGGCUGGGGAGGGGGCAAGAAGAAGAGGGACAAAGUGUGCAAGUAAAACACAAACUCUUCCACCACCACGUCACUCACCCAACACCCAGAGAAAGUAAAGCAGAUAGAUUUGAUAUCUGUCCCUCCUGCGGGUGCACAUCCCUACAAAGAAUGCAGCGUCUGAUCAUUUCCUAACAUGUAGUGACCCAAUAGAUUACCCCCCCCCCCCGAAGCUAUUCUUUUUAAACUCAGCUGAAAACUCGAGCUCCCUGCCCUGAAACUGAAUUAAGAGCAAUAGGACCUGAACCAGCCCAAAUAUCUUCAGGCACUUUCAUUGUGUUGACUCAGCUCAAGUAUCGCCGAUCGCAGCCGAGCAGCAACAAAACACAUGGAAGCAAACGGCACGCUUAGUAUGCAAAUGAUGGCAGGAAACAAGAACCAGGACCUUUUUAAUACCCGUGGAUUCAUGUUUCUUUGUGUGCUGAUGUACCCUCUCCACAAACAAUAUCGUGAUUAUAGUUUAGUAAAGUUUAUUAAAGCCCAGAGGUUUAAGAGGUGGCUAUAUUUAGCUCCUGCUUGCCAACCACUGUUGAAAUGACUGCUCUUAUGAGUGCAAACAUUGGUGUUAGAAUUAGAAGGAUGUUUUCUUUAUUUUAAGUCGUGGAUGAUAAUGGCCUUGUCCGUCCGCAAACACUGGUCCACCGGAGGCGGUGAACCUCGAGGGCUCUGAGGUUCCUUCGCUGUCCGCCGCCUGGAAACGAUAACUUAAUGAAUGUCAAAACAAAUAGUCCGAGCUGCAGAGUGGCUCCCUGGCAGGAAAUGCACGUCUGUGUUAUUUAUUUUCCUCCUAAACUUCACUUGCACAUGUCUGGAGGGUGUGUUUUGACUGUACAAGAGCUGAUAGGGAUUGUCGUCUUAGAGUGGCGUAUGCCAGAGAUGUGGCGGUGCUGCCCACUGCGGGGAUGUUGUGAAACCCAAGAGCACCGUCCUCCUUCAGGGGGAGACUCUUCAGGCUCUCCGGGGGGACAUCCAGGGCCGUAUCUGUCAUCAAUCUGUCACUACACGACUCUGAUGCGGGAGAAUUAAGAUGUGUAUUGCACAUACAACAUGGAAACACAGGGCGUAUACAAGAACUGCAUGUGUCUCGUCACCGGUGUUGUUUUGUGUGACAAAAGUUUCCCAGACUUCUCUGCAACUGCCGCUUCUGGAAAGAUAUUGUUAAACCGUCGUCCACCAGUCUUCAUUAGUUCUGUUUACUUUUUGGUUAUGGGUAAAUUACAUGUAACCCAAGACAUCCAAAAUCCAUUGCGUGGUGAAAUGAGCGCUCCACCGCACAUUUAGAUAAGAUGAAGAAUGUCCCUCUCAGCCCCGACUGCCCUGCCAGCCUGACCUCAAGUCAGCAAACGUUGUCAGAUUGAGUCUGCCAGAGAGAGCUUUUACAUCCAAGUGCUUUCUUCAAAUGCAUUAAAGGACCAUGGCCGUUUGUGCUUCCAACUUUUAGCUACGAUUUUUAUACAGUGUGCAAUUUCUUGCUGACCAUUUUGGGAUGCAUGCUGCACUGUUUUUAGAUUUCUGGGCUUUUUCUUUUGUAAACAGCAUUCCAGGUAACUUUGACAAAAUGAAUGCAGACUGACGGCUCGAGCUGGUUUCAAGAUUAGAUUUUUUUAUAUCAUUUAAAUGAAUGGAAGCCAGUCAAAAUAUAAUAACAUUUGUAAAGUACUGUACGACAGUGUGACUCGCUAAGUGAUGUAAAGUAUUAAAAGAGACUGGCAGAACUAACGAGUGAAAUGUGGUUGUUCUGGAGAGUCUGAAGGUUUAUACUUAUUAUGCAAGAGUAAAUCCUAAAAACAUAUUAAUGAAGUCGUUUGAAUUGGUCUGAAAAUACUUCAUUUGUCACAACGUAGAAGACCCUGAACUCAAAUUCAAACACAAUCCCGAUAAAGACGAAUGCACACGAGCGGUCUCUCCUUAAACUCCUCUUUUAAACAAAUUAGCCGGCUCCUUUUAGCCAAAGUAAAGACAUAGGAGUGGAUAUAAACUCUGAGGAAUGUGCAAGCUCUCCUGGAAAUGUGAAACCAAUUUAUAAAGAAGUUGGGAAUAAACUCACACAAGCAGAAAGUAUUCUGUAAAAGUCAAAGAUAAUUUAUUCCCUUCAGCGACAACUGCUGGCUUAUUAUAUCACGCAGAUGAAAAACAGGUCCGAGUCGCUGGUUCACGUGCAGCAAAGCUCCAGAAGAUGACCUCCAGGGUUUGUAAAUGAAUCCCUUUUCAUUUACACAUGUUCGGAAGCUUGUCUCGUAUUUGUUGACAAAGAAGGUGGAAAGUGUCUACAUACAACAUGUGUGUACAGACGUAUACAUGCAUAUUUAUUACAUUGUAAAAUGUCUUCCAUUUACAUUAAGUAAUGUAUGAUGACGUCUGAAUGUGUGUAAUGAGUCUGCUCACGUGAUGUAAUUCAUAUUAUUAGAUUUAUGUUUUGCAUUGAGAGUUUAUGAGCUGGUUUUAUAUCUUUGUGUCGCUGGUGUUUUAAAUGAUUUUCUUUUUGCUGCUGGAUUCAUAAAACUGAUUAUAUGUAACCGUGUGUGACUCUGUAUUGUUUGUAGGUGCUUUACGUGUGUGUGCAUCUCUUUUUUAAUAUUGAAAUGAGAGAAAUUAAAGGUGAAUCCAAGCGA